AUGCCCUUAACUUCCAAUCUUCUUAAUAAACUCCAGGUUUUAACAAGCUGAAUGCCCCGAUUUACAAAACGUUAGACGUAGAAACGUUAACUUAGCAAUGUAGAAACUUCAACCCAAGUACUUAUAAUUUUCACUGGAAGAAUUUAUAUAUUCCGGCGAACCGACAGGAAGCGCCACAACCUGGUUGCUUUCUUUAAAUUUCCCAGCCGCACCGCCGCAUCGGCGAGAACGAGAGACAAAAAUUCCGCGAAGUUUACCCUCGGCAAAUCUAUUAUCCGGAUGAUCCGAUAUAUAGCGGCGCGCAACAGGAUUCCCGCCUAACCCCAACACUUUGCCCAGCAACGUCAAAAGAAGCAACGUUAUUCCUUCGGAACGAGUUCUUCCGAAAUUGAAAAGUCCUACCCGCAGCUUCGACUCGCGAAGGCACAUGUUUUCUUUGCCUCUGCUCCUCCUCCCGUGUUACUCCGUCAAUUCCAUCCGAUCGUGAUCCCUAAAAUACCGUCACGUUUCCUUUCUAUUUCUGACCGCGGCUUCAACACCGGAAACGUGAUAUCACAUCUUUAAAAUACGAAAGGGAAGGACAGUAUUUUCACUGAGCUUUUCAAUCGUAAAACAAAUACUAUAAAUGUCACAAAUAUAGGGAGAAUAUCUGAAUAUCGAUACAUAAUACGCAGUAGAAAUAUGUAAUAUAAAUAUAGUAUAAAUAUAAAUAUAAUGUAGUGUAAAUAUAGUAUAAAUAUAUAAUACAACAGUAGAAAUAUAAAUAUAGUAUGAAUAUAUAAAUAGUACAGUGUAAAUACUGAGGAGUCUCAAUCCGCGAAUACUGCAAGUAGUACAGCCGCACGAAGAGUCAGACGCGUCGCGGUUGCCAUCACUGUAUUGAGAGUCGAUUUGUUAGACAAGCGUUUGAAAAAUUUUUUGCGUUUCGUUGUGCUUCGCUACUUCUUCUUUUACAAGCUUUUUUGUUGUCAUGGUUUUCUUCUAAAAUCUUGAAACGAAAUGUGUGCCCACUAUGUUAAUUAAUCACUAAUUAAACUAGAUUAAAUUAGAUAUUUUCGAAGAGGAUACAAUGGAAUCCCGAUUACCUAUUGAAAGUAUUUACUUCGACUAUAUUAGAGAUAUCCUGUCCUCAUUAUACAGAGAGAUUUCAUGUUUCUACUAAUUUGAUACUCGCUGGAUCCCAAUUUUUUCGGCCUGCUCAGCAUUUACGCGAUGCAGGGUCAAGAGGACCUGUUUUUCUUAGGUCAGCACGCGGUGUGCACGCGGCGUGUAACGUGCCAAAAAAUGCAAAGCUCAACGAUGCUACGCGCACGGAAUUACACGUUACAUUAAAGAAGUUGAAGUCUGUAGUUUCUAAACAAAUAGCGCUGAAUUUAGUCUCUGAUAUAUCCAGUCUCUGGCCACUGAAUCGGGAUCAUUCUCAAUUUUCAACAUUUUAG